AUGUUGUUUAGUCUUCUUUCUUCAUCUUUGCUGCUGGCAGCGACUGCUUCUGCUCUUCCCGCUGAGCUAGAAUCUCGAGCUACCAACCAAUAUCUCACCAACUCGCACGUGGCCAUUACUGAACUCCAAACUUUUUACAAGCAACCAUCACCGGCUCCUUGGGCGGGUGGCUGGUGGAACAGUGCCAAUUGCUUGACUCUGCUCGCCGAUCUGCGUGCAAAGGACAGCUCGUCAUUUCUCACUUCCAUCACGGAUGGUGCAAAUGGUGUUUUCAAGACUACCCUCAAUAACCAGGCCAGAGACAGCACGAAUGCACUUUCGUACACGGAUUUCUUUGACGAUCAAUUAUGGUGGAUUCUUGCUUUGAUCAAAACCUCCGACGUAACCAAGGAUACCAGCUUCCUUCAGGCCGCAAACCUCACAUUCGCGGCUGUAACUCUGAACAACAAAGCCUCCAACAACCCCUGUGGUGGUCUCGCAAAUGCCUAUCCUUCAGAAAAGUACUUGGUGAAGAGCAGCACAAUCGCGACAGUCCUUUACGUAGCAGCAGCCGCUCAACUAGCAACCCGCUACCCAGCUCAGAAGACCUAUUUCCUCAACAAAGCAACCACACAAUGGUCGUGGAUCACCAAAAACAUCUUGAUCGAUGGCAUAAUGCAAGGAGAUGCACUAACAGGCUCUCCACCCUCUUGCUCCAACAACCACGCCUUCUUGACCUACAUCGAAGGCGUAGCCCUCCAAGCCCUCGUCGCUCUAUACCACGCCACAAACGAUGCCUCCUACCUCACCACCGCCGACACCUUGGCCACAAAGCUGCUGUCCGGAAAAUACGGCAUGAUGGACUCCAACAAAAUCGCCCUUGAAUUCUGCGACAAUGAAAACAGUUGCAAUCCCGAUCUUGCACAAUUCAAAGGUAUCAUGAUGAGAGGAUUGCGUACGUUGAGGGAUGCCAAACCUGAUGUUGCUGGAGGGCAGAUCAAGGGCUUCUUGACAAAGAAUGCGGAUAGUAUUUGGAACAACGAUAGACAGAGUGGGACGAACUUGCUGGGGGAAAAGUGGGCUGGUCCUUUUGUGUUGGAGAGUGGGAGUGCUAUGCAGUUGAGUAGUCAUAGUUCUGCUACCAUGGCGCUUGUGCAGGCUGCGUUGGCGAAUAUGUAGAUGUUUGGAGAUUUGGGGAGUUUUGCGUGGAGAGAGAGAGAGAUUCAUGGGAGAUAACUUUGGGUUUUAAGUCGGCUGGUUCG